CAGCAAUAGCUUUUCAUAGGACGAGUAUGGCUCACCAAUCGAUGUUAUAAUAAUGUCUCGUACAUGUGAAAAUGUUGAGGUUACAUGGAAAUGUUGUCGACUUUCAAAAUCGUAUCGAAACACGGGUCCUAAGCCAAGCACCUUCCAGUCUUUAACUUUUCUUCCACGUGAUAUAAUAGCUUGCCAGCAUCUUCCAUCAGACUCAUCUAAUUCAUCAAUGCCCAAAGUCAAGUUACAGCCAUAAAAAUUUUGGAAUUUUUCAUAAUUUUUUAAUUUUUCGAUCCAAUUUUGAGUUGUUUUGUUGAAUAAAUUAAGAACUUUUAGUCUUGGCUGAUUGCAUACUGCUUU